AUGGCGCCAGAGGCUGAACCACAGUCAGAUCUAGAGGCCCCUGAUUUGCCAAAUGGAAUCUAUGCAACUGAAAAUGAUGAGAAUGGCCAAGCUGAAAACUUUUCCAUGGACCCACAACUGGAGAGGCAAGUGGAGACCAUUCGCAAUCUUGUGGACUCCUACAUGUCUAUUAUCAACAAAUGUAUCCGAGACCUGAUUCCAAAAACGAUAAUGCACCUUAUGAUCAAUAAUGUUAAAGAUUUCAUAAAUUCAGAGCUCCUAGCACAGUUAUAUUCUUCAGAGGACCAAAAUACUCUGAUGGAGGAAUCUGCUGAGCAGGCUCAGCGCCGGGAUGAGAUGCUUCGCAUGUACCAAGCUCUUAAAGAAGCCCUUGUGAUCAUUGGCGAUAUCAACACAGCCACCGUGAGCACCCCUGCUCCACCUCCAGUGGAUGACUCCUGGAUACAGCAUUCUCGCAGGUCACCUCCUCCAAGCCCCACAACCCAAAGGAGGCCGACACUGAGUGCUCCCCUCACAAGGCCCACAUCCAGCCGAGGACCAGCUCCUGCCAUUCCCUCUCCGGGGCCCCACUCUGGGGCUCCCCCAGUUCCAUUCCGUCCAGGCCCAUUACCUCCCUUUCCCAACAGCAGCGACUCUUUUGGAGCCCCUCCACAAGUUCCCUCUCGGCCCACAAGGGCCCCACCCAGUGUUCCAAGCCGGAGACCACCCCCAUCACCAACUCGUCCCACUAUAAUCCGUCCACUAGAAUCUUCCCUGUUAGACUAAACGAAGUGUCCGGCAUGGCAAUUAAUCACUAAUGAAUUAUGCGAAAGCAACGUCUUUGAUAACCGUUGCAGUAAAUCAUGAGUAGUCGCAUGUGUGGACAUCAGUAGGCAAGUAACCAGUUUUACUAACGCAUUCAUCACCCAUCUUCAUCCCUCAUGGUACAUCAAACCUUUGGGGUUUGACUCUUGAAAAACUGCUGACCUGUAGAGGCUUUAUAUGUUGCGUGGGCCAAGGUAGGGUUGUAUAGCAGUCCUAUACUUUGGGGACCAUUUGCCUACCCUGGCAUAUAUUUGAGAUUGCUUUGGACAAUUUUUCCAGGCUAUCUACCAGGUAGCUUGUUAAAUAUAAUUCUUAACAUAUGUGAAAUAGUGGACUUAGACCUAAGCCAUACAUAUUUCUUUUCCUACAUUCUGUUUAGGAUGACAGAAAUUCUGUUAUCUAUUAUUAAUGCUACCACCUACUUGAUAAUUACAUAUUUAGCUCCUUUUUCCGUCCUCUUUAUUUCAUAAGAAUGCUAGGAAGUGACUUUUUAAAAUGAGGAUUCCUUAAGAAUAAAACUUUUCCUGAAGCACAGGUAGUUUGCAAAGGAAAAGUCUGCAUUGUUUGCUCUAGAGAGCUUCUCCUUAUUCCAAUGUGUCUGGCUUCAUGCUAGAAGCGUGUGCAACAGUGAAUUGAAGCUUGUUUGGUAAUCAGUCAAUAAAUCUGGCUAGUUAGUUUAGAGUUCAAGGAAGAAGCAAAAUAUCACAUCUCUAGAAGUGUCUGGAAAAACAUAAUUUCUUUAUUCACUUAUAUAUUCACCUCCUGGUAGGUUACAGUGAAGGCUGAUAUGGAAAAUGUUUAAUUUUUCCAAUUAAUCUAAUUUUUGGCAUACUGACUACACUUUGAUACUAACUCCAGUUUAUUAUUAAUAUUAUUAUUAUUUUGGUUAGAGCAAAAAACUCUCCCUCUUUUCAUGCUGCUUCGUAAUUCUCUUAUGUAAAAAUUUAUCUUACCUUUAAAACAGGUUUAAUGUCACCUUCUAUCCAUUCUAGGCUUUCUUAAUAAAUCUUGAGGCUUGCUAAGGGAUAAUCACCUUUAAAGAAUGGUACUUGGAAUGCAAAUAAAAGUCAAUAAGAGAUGCCAUGGUUAAAGAGCAGAGGUCACACUUUUACGGUUUUACUACUUCAGAAUCCCUAUCCAGGUCACUCCAGAAAAUGGUAUUGAAACAUAAAGAUCUAAAGUGAAUUGCAAUUUCUAAGAUUUCUAACAUUUACAAGCGCAGUUUAGCCUGGGGGUUAAUAGUUAAGUCUUAAGUUUUGGACUACCUAGGACCAGAUGAUUAGCAUGCAGGAAACAGCCAGAAGCCAACUGAAGUUUUGUCUGCUAACUGUUCCCAGACAGCAGA